CUCACUUUUCACUCAGCCACUCAAGAUGGCGGCAGCCCCAUCCAUCCAGCCGCCGGUCGUCCCCUCUUCUCUAGCCGGGGAGAGCGCACUUUCCCCGGGGAUGAACAGCCCGGAGAGCCGGCAGCCGGGGGACGAGGAGGCGGCGGCGCAGCAGCCCUCCGACCCGGAGAUGAGCUUCCGUGACCUGCCGGACCUGGAGCCGGACGAGAUCGAGAGGAGGCUCGCCAAAACUCGCCAGGAGCUGAGCAACAGGAGGAAAAUCCUCAUCAAGAACCUUCCGCCCGACACCACUAACCAGGAAGUCCAUGAGAUUCUGAAGGAAUAUGAACUGAAAUACUGCUUUGUGGACCGCAACAAAGGCACAGCUUUUGUGACAUUGCUGAACGGGGACCAGGCUCAGGAUGCCAUCCGCUCCCUCCACCAUAGCUCUGUCCGGGGACGCCUGAUCAACGUCACGCUGCAGCCCACCGACUCCCUGCUCUGCCUCACCAACCUGCCCCACACCUUCACCGCGCAGCAGUUUGAGGAGCUGGUGCGCGCCUACGGGAACAUCGAGCGCUCCUUCCUGGUGUACAGCGAGCUGACGGGCCACUCCAAAGGAUACGGGUUUGUUGAAUACAUGAAGAAGGAUUCUGCUUCACGGGCCCGUUCUGAGCUGCUGGGCCGACCGCUGGACGAUCGCUCGUUGAUGGUGCAGUGGAUGGACGUCAAUCAGCUGAGCCAAGAGGAGAACCUGCACUCCAAGUGUCUGUGCAUCAACCGGCUGCCGCUGGAUCUCUGCGACUCUGAAGAACUCACCCAGCUCUUCUCGGACACCUACAAACCUGUCUUCUGCCAGCUGGCUCAGGAUGAGGGCAGCCCGGUCCGAGGAUUCGGCGUGGUGGAGUAUGAGAGCGCGGAGCAGGCGGAGGCUUCGCUCAUCGAGAUGGACCGAACACUGGUGGGGGGACAGGAGAUCCGCCUGUCGCUCUGCACCCCCGGAACCUCAGGGAGAAGCACCCUGGCUGCACUCAUCGCCGCCCAGGGCAUGAUUCUGAGUAACAGGAAAGGUCUGCUACCAGAACCCAACUUGGCCCAGCUGCUGACCAGUAUGACCAACCCUGCUGCCCUGCAGAUCCUCAUGAGGCCGUACCACACUGGGAAAAGAGGAGGGAAGUACGGGCGUCACACCAGCCUGCCGUUCCUCAGACCUUCUCUCACCACCGCGCUGCUCACGCUGGGAAAAGUGCACCAGAAUGCUAUGCUGGGUAACGGACUAGUCCUCCAGAACCUCUUGCAUAUGCAGCUUGCACAGCAACAGCUUCUUCACAUCAAAGACAAACGCAUCAGCAGUGUCUCCAGUCUGCUCGGGGACCCGUCCAGGCUGCUGAUGCAGAAAGCUUUGUCUCUGCGGCAUCAAGGCCUGAUGCAGCUUGGCAAAGGCCUCCUGGGAGAUUCGCCUCCAGAGUUGGGACAUGAGGCGGUGCCGUCCUCUACCCACAAUGCCACAGUAGUGGUAUCUGCAGCAGGUGUGAUGCCGUACCUCCACGGUCGGGGUGGAGCCGGAGAACAGAGCAGCGCCCACCCCGUCGCCACAAACCAUCCCGCUUCCUCCUCCGCCUCCUGUGAGCGGCAGCCAGCUCCCCCGGGGACCAUAAUGAGCUCCCAUCCGCAGGGACAGAGCUACUCCCUGGGUAUAAGUCAUUCGGGCCUCGGGCCGCCUCCACCUAAACCCCCUGGAGGGAUUUAUACGUCACUGGGCCAUCCCAACAGCAGCGAUGGAUGCCCCCUGGCUAGCAUGGUGAGCGGUGGUCAGGGCUCCCUGUUGGGCGAGCCUCCUAAAGAAGUCCGACUGCCCUCCAAUCCUUAUCUGAACCUGGCCAGUGUGAUGCCGGGGAUGGUGCUGCAAGGGUCAGCAGGGGGUAAAGUCCAGGGAGGGCAUCCUGGCUCCGGGAUGUACGGCGGCUCGGUGGCUCCCGCCGUCUCCCAGGGCGCCGCCUCCUUUUCCCACAGCACGGCAGCUACAACCACAGCUCAAUACAGCACCGAUACCUCCGCUGACUACAGCCACUACAACCAGGCCUACUCGCAGGAGGCCAUGCAGCAGUGGUACCAGCACUACCAAGCACAGGCUCACACCUACGCCCCCGCUGCUCCACAAGAAGCCGCCGCCACAGACUACGCCAAGGAGCACACGCAGGCUCCUCCCGUGUCAACCUACGCGGAUUACAGUUCCUACAUGCAGGCGGUCGCUCAGUACUACUCCCAGCCUGCAACAGCAAGCCAAGCCUACGCCAGCAAGGAGGCGGAGGUGUGUAAGCCCCUGGGCGUCUCUCUGCACGCGGUGGGUAACGGCUCCGCCCCCCCGCCGGCCGUCCUGCCGGCUGCAGCCGUGCUCCCGGCCUACGGCGCCCUGCCUCUGAUGCCCGGCUUCCUCGGGGCGCCGCCCACGGCGAGCCCCGUCACGCACGCACACACUGCCGCCACGGACUGGAACGCCUACUACUACAACCAGACGAGGGGCCAUAAGAGGGAGUACCCCCAGCUUGCAGUGCAGGAAGUGACAUCAUCGGAUGGCGCCUACAUUGGGCAGCACUCCCAGGGCCUUGGAGGGCAGUACGCUGACUACUUUAAGAGGAAGAGGCUCUAGUAUGAACCAAAACACCUGAAAGCCUAAAGUUUAUGGAGGCACUGGGUGUCACAGCUCCCUCUAGUGGCCUUUCUAUGGCUGCCAUUUUGCUUCCCUAAAGUUUAGUAUUGAGUUUAGUAUAAUUUGGGGUUGCAUAUGGCUCAAAUGAAAGCAAGCCAUAGUGCUCUAUGAUCCCGGCACUUAUUUACACACACACACACACACACACACGCACACACACACACACACACACACAGUGUUGCUUUUGUCCCGUUCAAGCCUUAACUCUUUAACUUAAACUGUUGUUUCUCAGUCAAUUUGUCAACCGUAAUCAACUAAUAUUAUCUUUAUAAAUGUUUUCUAAUAUAAACUAAAUUAUACUGUAUGUGUAUGUAUAAGCUGCUUUUGUAUCUGCAGCCAGGGGACCUGGUCUUAUUGUCAGGUGUCUUACUCUCUCCUUUCCAACGCUUUGAUUGGUCAGUCAAACUGACAUCGGUUCGUGUCCCGCUUCAGUGUCAUUUUCUCCUUCCUGGCAUCCUCCGGGUUUCUUCUUUGGUGAGGUGUGUGUGUGUGUGUGUGUGUGUGUGUGUGUGUGUGUGUGUGUGUGUGUGUGUGUGUGUGUGUGUGUGUGUGUGUGUGUGUGUGUGUGUGUUUAUGCGUCUUUAUGAUGUUUUGUUUCUGUAGGAAGUGUCAGCCAUUUCAAUCCCAAGGUUUGGGAGCACAUCAGGUACGAAAAGGGCCUGAACCAAUCAAAGCUCUUAAACGUGGUGACUUUACAAUAGCUUCCCUCUGUGAAUGGACUCCUCUUUAUGAACGCAAGGCAGUAACUAAAAGGCUGGUGUAAAUACAGUGUGUAAUACAGAAUAUAUUAAGCCAUGCGUAACAGACAAUAUCACAUUGAACGGACCUUCUCUUGCUCUAAUAUGAGUGUAUUGUACUACGUGGAUGACACAAAAACCUUUUAUUGUCCGUUAUUCUGUACCGUUAUAUAUUUGUAAUAUAAUAAUAAUCUAAGGCAAUUCAUGAAUGUUGAAACAAAUUGUGUUGACUUAAAUGUAUUUGGGUGGUUUAGUUUUUAACUUUUAUGCCAAAUAUUAGGGCUAUAUCCAUAUUCUGUCCUCUCCUCUCUUCUACCCUGGCAACACAUGAGGGUAUUUAAAGUACCCUCAAAAAGAUGUGUUUAGGACAGAUUUACUUCCAUUUCUAUGUACAAUUAUAACACUUUAUGACUAAGUUUGUCCCAAAUCCAUACAACAAACUGACUCAAAGUAGAUUUUGAGUUUGCACUCAUUUACUGUAUGCAGUUGGUUUGUAGGAUCAGAUUUGGACACAAUCUUUUAUUUAUUAAUAGGAUCAUCAAACUUUGCAUUGUUUUUUUGCUCAUCUCUUGCUACUAUAAAAAGCCACUGUGUAAUGCUCCCGUUACUGAGUUACUGCACCUUGAUUUGUGUUUCUUGUGAAAACGGGGCAUCUUUAUGAUGUUUUGUUUAUUUUAUCAGAGCCAAGACUCUGGACUUAAUUACACUUUAUUUAAGAAAGGAAGGAGAGGAGUUUGUAUUUUCAUACAGUAUAGCAGCGUGGUUUUUCUAUGUGCACAAACCGGCAAUAACUAAGGUUCCUAAUACUGUAGUACAUAGAAUGUAAAAUGUGGAUUUAUUUACACAUUUGAAAUAUAUAUAUAUAUAAUCUUAUGUAACAACUCAUGCUUGGUGAAACCUUUUUUCCUGUUUGUGUCUUUGUAUUCUGCUCAUAUCGGUCCGAUUAUAUAUCACAGAGCAGUAUAUUUCUUGCAUCACCAUGGCAACCACCCUCACACACUGUGAAACCCAAUCGCAGGUGCGAUCAGAUAAUGCCAUGAACUGAUUUAGUCCAAAUGUGUGGCGUGAGUUUGUCGGUGGGAACAGGAAGUGCGUGAUGUUGACGUGUGCAGUAAGGAUGGAACAGUCAGUGCUAGUGUGCAGCACUAAUAUAAUGGCUAAAUGUAAAACUUGAGGGCAAUACAUCCCAAAACAUCCCCCUACUCAUUGUUCCUCUUUGAUUCCUUUGGCGUUUUCCCCCUUUUUUUCAUUUUCAUUGCCUUCUUUCUGUUUCUGAAGUCUUUUAAUGGGCGAUACGGACAAUUUUCUUUUGUAUCCAGACCAGUUUGUCUUCUACAAUCAUUUUUAAACUCUCUGAAUUCAGACAGUUGAUGUCCUUUCAUUCUAAUUAUCCUAGAACCUAAGUUUAUUUUAUACAAAUCACAAAAUAUAUUAAUCUUAUAUUUAGCUUUUUACUUUUAUCUUUACUGCUUUUCUUGCAAAUAUCAUGAACCUAAUACAUGUUCUUUUAGUUUUUAAUUUUCAUUUGUUCUUACUUCACUAACUGGUCUGAAUGUUUCCUGUAUUGAUUUUGACUGGGACUUAUAGUGGUUGUGUUCAAAAUGCUGCUAUUUUGGAGUUAUUUUUCUUUAGACCCUCAAUGUAUUAAAAUCAGAGCAACCUAUAUUUAAACAAUCUGUUUCCCUGACAUAUAUAUAUAUAUAUAUAUAUUUUACUCCAAAGUCCCUAUCUAUUCCAUUUUAAAUUUUUUUUUUUUUACAUUUCUUAUUAAUUGUUAACUGAAUUCCUUUAAAAAUGGACAUCAAAUUCCGGCAACCAGGUUGAGUAAAAUAGAUUAUUUGAAUUCAUAUAUUGGAUAAUGUCACCAAUGUAUCCUGAUCACGUUGCAUGCUAAUCAAUCAAAAGACAAAAUGUAUAAUCUAAGCACCAGAUGCAAAUAGUCAAUCACAUAUGAACUUAACCUCAGCAGUUCUUUUUUUAUUGAAAUACCCCCCUCCCCCGUAUCCAAGUUAACCACGGUCACAUUUCAUCAGACACAUUCCUGGAUUUGACCUCGGGACGUGUGAUGGACAAGUUUAGUUACUAAAAUGACUAAAAACUAUUUUUUAAUGAAAUUUCAGCCAGAACUGAUGUCAGUCAAAGAUGUGGUUUUUAUUUGCCUCCUCGUUGGGUUGAACUUGUUGUUGGUGGUUAUUUGCUCUCAUAUAGUGGACGUGUGGUUUUUUGUCGCUUCUCCAUUACUGCUCAUUUGUUGCCAUCGUAUUUCACAUAAAGGAGUUUAUUUCGGCUGGUGAUCUGUUUGUGUGUUUCAGUCGGUGCAGCACUUUAAGAAUCCGCUCUUGGCAGGAACUGGGUGUAAAGAGAAACGGCUCUCUUCCUGUAGGCACUUCUUUUUUUUAUUCUUGUCUUUUUGUCAUUCCCCUCUUUCGUCUGCUAUCUCAGUGAAGAGCACUGGUUCGGUCUGCCAGGCUGCUGCAUGUUACAAGUAAGUGUAGAGCGCGCACACACACACACGGGAACGUCUCCCGGUUGUUAAAUGUGUUGAUUCGCUGAUAAUCACCAGCCAGCUGCAGUUCAGGGUGUUUGCUUCUGUUUAAUCCAACCUCACUGAAGUACCUGUCUUUUUUUUUUUAACAUAUUAAUGGCUCUGGAUAUUUCUAGAUUAGUCGUGCUUCUUCUUUUCUUUGACCUGAAAUAUACUGUAGAUUUUGCAAACAUUUUAUACACAAUGAUAUUGCUAUUGUUUACUGUGAAUAAGGUAUUUCUAGGAACAUUUUAGCAUGCGUAUUUACAACUGUAAUAUAUAGACUUGCUUUCAUUAGUUAUUAUAUAAUGCAUUUUGUACUGACAGACAAUAUAUCAUGAAUAUUGAUUUAUUUUCUUUGUAUUUAUGGAUACUUUGACUCUCCAUAAUUCAUAGUUAUGUUUUUGAAAAACAUCUAUUUAUUUUCUCUUGUUUUGAGCAGAUGGAAUUGUCUUUUACAUUCCUAAAUAAAAAGUGGACUGCA